AUGACAACAAUCAAGGUCGACGAUGCCGAGUUCUCCAAGCUGCAGGGGAAGACUAUCCUCAUCACAGGAUGUGCGACGGGUAUCGGAAGGGCAACUGUCGAUUUGGCUUUCCAGAACGGCGCGAAUCUGAUACUCGGAGAUGUCCUAGAGAAAGAAGGCCAGGCUAUCGAAUCUGCCCUUGGACCAGAACGCGCGCUCUUCCGGAAAUGUGACGUGUCGCAGUGGGAUGACGUGCUUGAGCUCUUCCAGGCCGGCCAGAUCAAAUUCGGGGGUAUCGAUGUCGUGCUCGCCAACGCCGGCGUCAGCGAGGUGGGCAAGGUCUUCGAGGACCAGAUCGACGCCGCGAGUGGGAAGCUGUCGGCGCCGAACCUGACCACGCUCAAUGUCGACCUGAUCGGUGCGCUGUAUACCGUCAAGUGUGCCCUGCACUACUUCAAGAAGCAGGCUGGGAAGCCCUGCCAGCUGGUCCUGACGGGGAGUGCUGCCUGUUUCCUCGACACGCCCCCGCUAUACAGCUACUGCGCCAGCAAAGCGGGCGUCAUGGGCCUGAUGCGUGCCCUCCGCACGCAACUCCCCAAGACCAUGAACGUCACCAUCAACAUGGUCGCCCCAUGGAUGACCAAGACGCCCAUGCUCCUGCCCGAGUUCCUCCGGGUCUGGGGCGACCUGCCCGCGAACGAGCCGAUCGGCGUCGCCAGGGCGCUCCUGAUCCCGGUCGUGCGGCCGCAUCUCAAUGGGCUGUCGCUCUUCGUGGCGGGCCACGAGGCGGUCGAUUUCGAGGAGGGGCUCGAGCGGACGAGGACGGCGUGGAUGGGCCAGAAGCUGAGUGCUGAUGUGGACGAGGGGCAGCGGCGGAUUCUCCCUUGA